UAAAAGAAGCAGAGCAGGCCACGCACAUCCUACGUUGGCGCAUGCAUGCACGUAGCCACAAUCCGAUUCCUCAGCAAACAAUGGAGCUGUUUGUAAUACUAUUUUUAUAUUUGACGGCUGUGGCCAAUGCUGAAGGUUCUCCAAUAAUUUAUAAUGUUAUGGCGUAUGGAGCAAAAGGAGAUGGCAAUACAGAUGACACCAAUGCUUUUCUGAAUGCGUGGAAAGCAGCCUGUGCAGAUACAAGAAAUCCAUAUGUUGUUGUGAGCAGCAAAGGAGGAAAGAACUAUAUGUUAAGCAAGAUAAUAUUUGAGGGGCCUUGUCGAUCCAAAUUGAGAUUUUUGAUUAGUGGAGGGCUUGUGGCCCCCAACAGAGUGUGGACCAAUCAAAUUGACACGUGGAUCGUCUUCAAAAACGUUCCUGGACUAGAAGUGCUCGGUAGUGGUUUAAUUGACGGCAAAGGCUCCAUAUGGUGGGACUGCUUGUCCAAGCACCGAUGCAACAAUGCUCCAUAUAUAAUGGAGUUUAUGGGAUGUCAUUACCUUAGAGUGAUGAAUCUUAGGCUAAAGGAUAGCCCUGGGAAGCAUUUGGUGGUUUACAAAAGCGAUUAUGUAAUAUUGAGUGGUGUCAUAAUCACUUCUCCUGAGAACUCCCCAAACACUGAUGGAAUUCUCAUAUCUGACUCUCAGCAUGGAAUCAUCACUCAUUCCAACAUUGGAGUAGGAGAUGAUUGCAUCGCAAUUGGGCCACGUAGCUACGAUAUUAAUGUGAGCUAUAUCACUUGCGGACCAGGCCAUGGCAUAAGCAUUGGAAGCCUCGGGAAAAAUGGUGUUGAAGAUAAUGUGGAGAGAAUUCAUAUCUCAAACAGCUACAUUUUUAAUACCCUUACUGGUGUCCGAAUUAAGACAUGGCAGGGAAAUAAUUUGAAAUUAGGUGGGGCUGGUCAUGCGAAGUUCAUCACCUACGAGAACAUCAACUUCACAUCAGUAAAGGCAGGUGUCAUAGUUAUCGAUCAAUAUUAUUGCCCUUACCAAAAUUGCCCUAACAAGACGGGCAAUGUCGCAAUAAGCGGAGUAUCCUAUUAUGGCUUACAAGGAAGCUCGGCAAGCGACGUGGCCAUCAGACUGGCAUGUAGCUCGAGCAUUCCAUGCCACGACAUCACCAUGAGUCAAGUGAGCUUUACUCCUCAACAAUCCAAAAUUCCACUUCAAUCUUACUGCAUCAAUGCACAAGGAACUGAAAGUGGGCUUGUUAGUCCUCAUACUCAAUGCUUGAAACAUAAGCUAAAUAUUUAGUCUUGAUGCAAUAUU